AUGCAAAAAACUUCCAAAGUUUUUGAAGGUGAGUUUUUUUAACUGAAUUUUGAAAAAUAUAAAAUGAACUUGUUAAUUUGUUGCAGAUGAUAGUGAUGCUUUGCCAAUGCUGACUGAUGAAGAAGCUGAAAAUCGAUACUCUACUCAAUAUCGAAAAAGAAUGGAAAUGUUUGAAUCAGCAAAAGAGGAAACUGUUAUCACAUCAUCAAAUAUUCAAAAUACAGUGCUCAGCCCAGUUCAAAUGGAUAACAAGUUUUUAGCUUGCAGCACACCAAUCAGUGAAGAUGUUCAAGGUUAGAAAAUAAUAAACUUUUUUGUUUUUUUUUCGAAAAAAUAGUAUGGAUAACUUUUGCAGAUCUCAGUAUGUUCUCAAGAGUCAAAGCGCAACAAGCUAAAGAAAAUAUAAUGCUUCGAGAAACACUUUUGGCCGCUCAGAAAGCGAAAAACGAUUUUCUCAAAACUCCCCCAGCAAUGAAGAAAAUGCGUAAUAUGUGCAAUAAUAAAAUGAUUGAUAAUCAGAUUGUUGUUAGCCAAUGUGGUGUCAAAGAUAAGAAGGAAUAUAUUGUAAGUUUUGAUGGAGAUUUUUGAUACAUCAUGUAGUAUUUGUGAGAGAAAUUUUGAAAACAUAGUUAAAGGUUUUCCAAAAUCAACAGCCACAUUUCUGAGAUUUUUUUGUACAGUUAAAUUUAGAUGAAAAUUCAAUUAUAUUUUUCCAAAAAUUUUCCAACUCUUUGUUUUCAGGAUACCGUUCCACAAGUUCAUGACAUCUCAAUGAGCAAUGAAAUCUUCUCCCCAUUAAUGCGUCGAAAAAUGAACCAAGCAAAAUUCGAUGAAAAACAAGCUGCCGACGCUAAAAAACGCACAAACUUUUGGGAAACAUAUUUGACAUCGAUCAUUGUUGGAUUCCUUGUUUUUUACAUUUUCAACAAUUAUAUUCCAUUAGAUAUUUAUUGGUUUAUCGGUUCAAUCAACAUCAUCUUUUUCACUAUUCAUUUUAUCACUAAUCGAACACUCCCUUUCAUUUUUCUCACUGUUAUUGUCUUUUGUUUCGGCUAUUUAGGUUCACAAAUGUCCUAUUUUUUAGGUGAAGAUCAAUGA